AUGCGGACGAUAUCACUUUUACUAUGUUUUCUGGUCGCCCUGCUUCAGAGCCCUCUCGUCUCCGCUGUGAGGCUCAUUGAAUCCAAGGCCCUUACCCUCUGCCAAGACAGCAACAAUUUUACAGCUACCUAUUUCAACGUCAGAUACACGCCCGACAAUGGCUCACUUGUGGUCGGAUUCGAUGGAGUUUCCGCCAUUUCUGGUUUUGUGGAGGCCACAAUCGUCCUUGACGCCUACGGAUAUACUGCUUUGGAGAAGACAUUUAACCCUUGCGAUUAUUCUCCGGAACUCAAAGGUCUCUGUCCCAUGAACACUGGUGAAAUGAACAUCACGGACGCUCCCUUGCAAGUUGGGACUGAUCUCGUCGAUCAGAUUCCAGGCAUUGCAUUCACUGUUCCUGAUCUUGAUGCAACCGUCCGCAUCUACAUAAAUUCCACCAAGACACACGAGAGUAUUGCCUGUCUAGAGGCUAGUCUUUCGAAUGGUAAAACCGUCUAUCAAAAGGGCGUCGGAUGGACUACUGCCAUCAUCGCCGGUCUGGGUUUGACUGCUUCUGCUAUCACCUCCGGCCUCGGGCACUCGAACACUGCUGCUCAUGUUGCGGCGAAUGCUCUUUCCCUCUUUAACUUCUACCAAUCGCAAGCAAUGAUUGGUAUGACUUCUAUCCACUUGCCACCCAUUGUCCAAUCUUGGACUCAAAAUUUCCAAUGGAGUAUGGGUGUCAUUCGGGUCGGGUUUCUUCAAGAUAUUUGUACCUGGUACCAACGGUCUACGGGAGGAACUGCCGCAACACUUCUCUCCGAGCUCUCGACCACUUCGGUUCAAGUCCUUAAGAAGCGAACUCUUGAUACUGCGGCUGGUAUAGUGGGAAGAUCCGUGGGGGCCCUUGCCAAAAGAGACGGGUCGCAAAAGGCCACUUCUGAAACCCAAGAAGUACGUGGAAUUGAGCGUGUCGGGUUCGUCGCUGGAAUUGAAGCAACCAACAUCUUUUUGACGGGUUUCAUCUUCUUCGUCGUCUUCGUGGCUCUGGUUAUGCUUCUCGUCGUCUGCUUCAAGGGGGUAUGCGAACUUCUUGCUAAGCACGGAAAGAUGCAGAGUGACAAAUUCCAAGACUUCCGCAACGGAUGGAGAGUCGUUACACGUGGUAUUCUCUUCCGAUUAACCUUGAUCGGUUUCCCCCAAAUGUGCAUCCUUUGCCUAUGGGAAUUCACCCGGAACGAUUCGCCUGCCGAAAUUGUGCUCGCUGUGAUAAUGCUCGUGUCUCUCCUUGCAACUUUAGGUUGGGCUUCGUUCAAAGUCAUCAGCCUGGCGAAGCGGUCGAUCGCAUUGCAUAAGAAUCCGGCUUACAUCCUUUACUCCGACCCGACUUGCUUGAAUAAGUGGGGGUUCCUUUAUGUGCAAUACCGAGCCACUGCGUACUACUUCGUCAUUCCCGUCCUCGGCUAUCUAUUUGUGAAGGGUAUGUUCAUCGGGCUCGCUCAGCCAGCUCCCGUGGUUCAAACCGUCGCCUAUGUUAUCCUCGAAGCUGCCAUGUUGAUUGCAGUCAGCGUUCUCCGGCCGUGGAUGGACAAGAAAACCAACAUCUAUAACAUCUCUAUCGCCGCGGUUCAAUUCCUGAAUGCUAUCUUUCUCCUCUUCUUUUCCAACGUUUUCAACCAGCCAGGUCUGGUUACUGGAGUCAUGGGUGUUGUCUUCUUUGUGAUCAAUGCCGUUGCUGCCCUGGUACUCUUGAUUCUGGUGCUCAUUGCCUCGAUCUAUGCUAUGGUUUCUAAGAACCCUGACACACGCUAUCAGCCCAUGAGGGACGACCGAGGUUCAUUCAUCAAAUCACAAACGCAGCUGACCACCGAAUUGGAUGCGCUGGGUGCUACCGCUCGUGGUGAUAUGAAGACCACCAACUACAAGGCUAACAAUCCUUUUGACGAUGACAAUGGCUCAUUCUCCAGCGGCAAUGGCGCCAGCGUUAGCCGCCAGAACCUUGAACCGAAUCACACCGCAACGGCUGGUCAGCCCCCGCAUUCCCCUGUUGACCCAUCGCUUCCGUUGUUCCCUAGCGACAACAGCGGGCGAGGCCCUGGUGGCGCUGAUCACAUCCAACGGUCACAAUCGCCGAUCCCUCGAAGCUUUACUUCCUCACCGUUCCAGAACGGAUACCGAACACAGAACAACCAAAGCCCAUGGCAAAGAGGGGCUGGUUAUGAACACUAA